AAUGAAAAUAUUCCGGCUCAUGACCAUAUUUUCAAGAAAAUAUCUGAAACAAAUGUUGAUGAUUUAACACCUGAUGAUCUAUUAAGCAAUGGUACUGUUGACCUAAGCUCAGAUAAAUUUCAACUUUCGGAAAGUGACUAUGUUGCUCUCGUGAAAGAAAAAGUGUGUAUAAGAAUGUUAAGUAAAGAUAAUGAAAUAAAGAAUAUUUGUAGUGAUUUUGUUGCAAGAAGAAAUGAAGUCCAAAAGUUGAAAAAGUUUGUACUAUCAUCAACGGAAACAGCAACACAUAAUCAAUGGGUUGAGGAGGUUCAUGAAAGGGAACGUAUAGCGAAGAUUGUUACUGAUGUUCUUUUACAGGAGAUAAGAUUUAACGCACUUCGUAAAAUUUCUAGAGGUUCUGAAAAUUUUUUCAUGGAAAUUAUAUCCCAUUUGAUAGAUGCUACCAUAUACAACCUACCUGCAGAAUGUGAGAUUGAUGUAACGAGAGCUGAGCAACAAAGUAUCGUGAGUAAAAAUCGCAAAGCUCAAAAUAAUGAAGGAUCUAGAGGUGACAAACCAGAUCUCAUGAUACGAUCAUAUCAUAGACAAAGAUGGGAGGAACUUGUCUAUUUUGAAAGUGGCAAGUGGAAUGCUAGUGAUAAAAAAAUACAAGAUGAUUAUAAUAAAUUAGUACAGCUUUGUCUUGAUGGAUAUGAAGAGAUCUCAAAAAAGUGUAAAAAGGAUAUUUUGUAUAAAAAUUAUAUAGGAUUGGGAGUCAAUAUUGCAGCAAAAGUACCUUUAAGCAUGAAGUCAGUUAAUGAAAUUGAAGAAUUUGUUUAUGCUUUAUUAACUUUACAGAAUGGAGUUAUUGUGAACUUGUAUUGUCUUGUCAACAGUUUUCAGACAAGAUCCAGAAAGGCUAAAAAUGCGAAGCUUAGGCAGACCAUAAAAGAAAAUUCAGAUCUUGAGACUAAAAUUUUAAGC